AUGUCGAAGCAGGAACAGCAGUCCGAGGCAGACUCGCUGCCCGUGGGCGACCAAGUCGUCAUCUACAACGACCAGGCUGCCGAGCGUGGCCAGUAUGCCACUGACAAAUAUGGCCAGUCUCUCAUCCAGACUGAUCCCGCCGCCGAGCGUAAGCUGCGGCUGAAGUGCGACCUUGCCAUUGUCCCGACUGUGUCGCUCCUGUAUCUCUUCUGCUUCAUCGACCGUGCCAACCUCGGCAACGCUAGGAUUGCCGGCUUGGAGAAGGACCUCCAUUUCAAGGGCUACGACUACAACGCCUCGGUGUCCAUCUUCUACAUCUCGUACAUCCUUUUCGAGAUCCCGGCCAAUAUCCUCUGCAAGUGGAUGAAGCCCGGGUGGUUCCUCCCGCUCACUUCCCUCUGCUUCGGCAUCACGUCCCUCGGAACGGCCUUUGUCAAGACCACGCCACAGCUUAUGGCUGUCCGCUUCCUCCUCGGCAUUUUCGAGGCCGGCAUGAUGCCAGGCAUCGCCUAUUACCUCUCCCGUUGGUACCGACGCGCCGAGCUGGUCUUCCGGCUGUCGUUGUACAUUGUCAUGGCCCCACUGGCCGGCGCCUUCGGUGGCCUUCUUGCAUCAGCAAUCUUGACCCUGUCCCACUUCGGCAACCUGCAUCAAUGGCGCAUGAUCUUCGCCAUCGAGGGCAUCAUUACCAUCGGUGUGUCUCUUAUCGCCUUUGUGACCCUCACCGACCGGCCCGCUACCGCCCGUUGGCUGUCCGAGAGCGAGAAGAAACUGGCCGUCGCCCGCAUCAAGUCUGAGCGCGUCGCCACUACCACCGUCUUGGACAAGAUAGACAAGCCUAAGCUGCUUCGAGGAAUCAACAACCCGCUUACCCUUUCCACUGCUUUCAUCUUCCUUCUCAACAACAUCACUGUCCAAGGCCUGGCUUUUUUCGCCCCGACCAUUGUCAAGACCAUUUACAGCUCAAAGACCCCAGUCCAGCAGCAGCUCUACACUGUCCCUCCAUACGUUUUCGGGGCGUUCUUUACUGUCGCGUUCCCAGUGGUCAGCUGGCGGUUGGACAAGCGACAGCUGUUGAUGGCUCUCACUGCGCCCAUGUGCAUGGUAGGAUACAUCAUGUACUUGGCUAGCACCAACGCCAAUGUCCGCUACGGGGCGACAUUCCUCAUCGCCUCGUCUGUCUUCGCCGUUGGUCCACUCGCCAAUGCGCAAGUCUCUGCCAACGUAGUGAGCGAUACUGCUCGCAGCGCGGCCAUCGGCACCAACGUCAUGUUCGGCAACAUAGGGGGCUUGAUCAGCAGCUGGUCGUUCUUACCUACCGACGGCCCGAACUAUCACAUUGGAAAUGGCUUGAACUUGGCAACAAACGCCGGGGUCCUCGUUACUGCCACAGUAGUUCUGCUCUGGAUGAGGCGCGACAACAAGAGGCGUGCAGCGAUCGACGUCGAUGCCGCGCUAGAGGGCUUGUCACCCCAGGAGAUUGAAGACUUGGACUGGAAGCAUCCUGGAUUCAGAUGGCGGGAGUGA